AGCUGUGCUGCUCAGAGCAGACGGAGACAGUUGCGUAGGUUGAGGGCCACUGUAAUUUUUCAGGUAAUUUGUCCCUGAUGAAGCACCGUAGCCAUACAAGAGGCGAAAACACUUGAGGAGUGUUGAAUGCAGCCAAUCGUCAGUACAACCCCGCAAGACUACAACCAGGCUGGGAGUGGGAGAGAGCACUUGGGAAGGAGAACAUGGCGAAAUAACAAGUUUGACUGUUAGCCGCAGUUUGAAAUUGCACCGUAUCUGUAGCGUUGGACUACAACUACAAGUUCAUUAAAUUUGGACGCUGGAGAACGAAAACAACGUUUAACUUUAAACAGUCGAGGGCCCAAGCUUACAAGUAUUACGGUGACUGGCGAGAACAUAGUGCCCGCCUGUCUGCCUGCCUGUGUUUUCCCCGGAAGGUUGGUGGUGCUAGGCGCGACUGUCAACACAGAAAAUGGAUGAAGACGGAAAGUUUAUUGUGGAAAAGAAUAUUUAGCCUGCUAUCUUAGCGACGUUGGCUAGCCAGUUAUCGUUAGAUUGACUGCGCGCACCUGACUCGGUAUUCGGAUUAACAGUUACCGUGCGCUCUGUCCGAAAUUGAGGAAUAUUUAAGUCGUGUUAAUAAGUUUGACAACUGCAGUCGGAAAGACGAGGCCAUUAUUUUCAUUUUCCGCACCUAUCCUGAGGUAAUAUUCAGGGAGGACAUCUAUUUAAGGCAAAUAAUGACAGCCUGACAGUCGGUUCUGGUGCGGUGCGGACGGACCCGGACGCCAUCACAUCAGACGUUGCGUUCUCCUUAAAAACAACCAUUGCGUUGCUGAGACGUAAAUGUUAUUUUAUACUUUAGCGGCGUAACAAGGGAUGUUUCAGUAGCACACCAGACCUAUCUGGUAGUUUUUUCCCCCGCGACACUCAUCAUUUCAUCAUAUAUAACAUUAGCUGAGAUGUUGUACAGCAGCAAAGACACGGUGUCUUGUCAAAAUGAACGCAGCAAGGUGUUCAACAACAGUGGAGGUGCAUCGCAUUGAAAACCUGCCAGUUGUUAGAAAGGUACCGAUGGCCGGCUAACGGUGACGUUAACAGUUUGUUGAAAUAUCUUAUUUUAAGUUGAAUGUGUUUUGAUCAGAUAUUGCAACCGGCAUUUCUGUAAAACAACUGCGGAUAACAUAGCUCUCGGCCAGAGUUGACGUGAGCUAGCCAGCUGGGUGCGUCUGUGGCAGCUCUAUCUGCGAUGUGUUUGCUAAUCUAAGUGCUACCGUGUUGUUCAGCAACAGUUUCAGCAUAUUUGACAGCUCUUUUGCUGUAUUUUCUCUGUAUAAGCCCUUUUUAAGCUCGUUUUAGCAUCCACUUAAAUUUUCCCCAAGUACUUUUUGUCAAAUAACUGGCUAACUUGUUAGCUAACGUACUAAGUUUCGCCAGCUAUGUCUGAAAACGCCCCCACACGAAGCCUGGAUGACAUAGACCUCGCAGCUCUAAGGGAUCCAGCAGGAAUCUUUGAGCUGGUCGAGGUUGUCGGCAAUGGGACAUAUGGACAGGUGUACAAGGGCCGUCACGUGAAGACGGGCCAGCUGGCUGCCAUCAAGGUGAUGGAUGUUACAGAGGAGGAAGAAGAGGAGAUCAAAGCAGAAAUCAACAUGCUGAAAAAAUACAGUCACCACCGCAAUAUAGCCACGUACUACGGUGCCUUUGUCAAGAAGAGUCCACCAGGACAUGAUGACCAACUUUGGCUGGUGAUGGAGUUUUGUGGGGCAGGAUCAGUGACCGACCUGGUGAAAAACACUAAGGGCAGCUCUCUAAAGGAGGACUGGAUUGCUUACAUCUGCAGAGAGAUCCUAAGAGGCCUUUCUCACCUCCACGCCCAUAAAGUUAUCCACAGAGACAUCAAGGGCCAGAACGUGCUGCUAACAGAGAAUGCAGAGGUCAAACUUGUUGAUUUUGGGGUGAGUGCUCAGUUGGACAGGACCGUUGGGCGUAGGAACACCUUCAUUGGCACACCUUAUUGGAUGGCUCCUGAGGUUAUUGCCUGUGAUGAGAACCCUGACUCCACCUAUGACUACAGGAGUGAUAUCUGGUCCUUGGGGAUCACAGCCAUUGAGAUGGCAGAGGGAGCUCCUCCCUUGUGUGACAUGCACCCAAUGAGAGCCCUCUUCCUGAUUCCCAGGAAUCCCCCUCCGAAACUUAAAUCCAAAAAAUGGUCCAAGAAAUUUAUUGACUUUAUAGAGGGCUGUCUCGUGAAGACAUAUCCCAGCCGACCAUCCACAGAGCAGCUGCUCAAGCACUCUUUCAUCAGGGACCAGCCCACCGAGCGCCAGGUCCGAAUUCAGCUCAAAGACCAUAUUGACCGUACUCGUAAGAAAAGGGGAGAGAAAGAAGAGACUGAGUAUGAGUACAGUGGUAGUGAUGAAGAGGAUGAAAAUCGUGGAGAUGACAGAGAGUCAAGUUCAAUCCUCAAUGUGCCCGGUGAGUCCACCCUGAGGCGGGACUUCCAGCGUCUGCAGCAGGAGAACAAAGAGCGCUCCGAGGCUCACAAGAGGCAGCAGGCCCAACUGGCUGCUCAGCGUAGGGACCCUGAGGAACACAAGAGGCAACUGUUGCAUGACCGACAGAAACGCAUUGAGGAGCAGAAGGAACAGCGUCGCCGACUUGAAGAGCAACAGAGAAAAGAGCGAGAGAUGGUGAGGCAGCAAGAAAAAGGUCCCCAUCGGAGACUUGACGAUAUGAGACGGGAGGAAGAUAGAAGGCUGGCUGAGAGGGAGCAGGAGUUUAUCAGACAUAAGUUAGAAGAAGAGCAACGGCAAUUAGAAAUCCUUCAGCAGCAGUUGCUUCAGGAGCAAGCGCUACUUAUGGAGUAUAAGCGCAAGCAGCUGGAGGAACAGCGUCAGUCAGAGCGACUCCAGAGGCAGCUGCAGCAGGAGCAUGCCUACCUGGUGUCUCUGCAACAACAGCAGCAAGAAAAGAAGCCCCAGCUCUACCACUAUAACAAAAACCUGGAGCCCAACAACAAACCUACUUGGGCCCGUGAGGUGGAGGAGCGAAGUAAACUCAACAGACAGGGCUCACCCAAGAUCUGCACCACUGUCUCUGACACUGCCAUCCAGUCGCGCUCUGACUCAAUCAGCCAAUCAGGAGUGGUCCAGUCUGCUCAGACCCCACCAAUGCAGAGGCCUGUUGAACCCCAAGGGGGACAGGGAAAGUUCCAGAUGGCUCACUUGGUUCCACUGAAGCCUUAUGCUGCCCCUGUCCCUCGCUCCCAGUCCCUCUGUGACCAGCCCACUAAGACCAUGUCCGCCUUCCCCACCCAGGAUCCCUCCCUUAACCCCACACCCCGCCCCAUCCACUCAAGAGAGCUGGUGCGCCAAAACUCAGACCCCACUUCUGAAACCCCGGCACCACAGGCACACCAAAUCAGAGAAGAUCGCGGCCCGUGGAUCCGCCUGCCAGAUGUGGAACUCCCACCCAAGAUUCCUCAGAGGACAGCGUCUAUUGCCACAGCUCUCAACACCAACCUGACCUCUGGCAUACGGCAUCCAGUAAGAGCCAGCAAUCCAGAUCUCAGCCGCAAUGAUCGCUGGGAGAGAGGAGACAGUAUGAGCAUCAUAUCCAAUCUGCCCCAGACUGGCUCUCUAGAGAGGCAUCGCAUCCUCAGUUCCUCCAAAAUGGAUUCACCCGUUCUCUCACAUGAUAGUCGUCAUAAGCCAGGGGAAUCUCGCACCUCCUCCCGCCCUGGGCGCCCUGCUAGUUACAAGAGAGCUAUAGGGGAGGACCAUGGCCUCUUUGCCAAGGAGCGUGCUGAGGAGCAGCCAAGGCCCCCAGUUAAGGCCAAUGAUUACUCCUCCUCUUCGGAGAGCAGCGAGAGUAGUGAGGAGAGCGAGAGUGGCGAGGGAGCAGAGGAGGAAGAAAGCCCCACAGACCGUCACAGGGAUGCAGACACCGAUUCAGUCAACACCAUGGUGGUUCAUGAAGAUGAAGGCGAGGGGGGAGAGGGAGAGCAAGCUGGAGGCUAUGGGGAUCAGACCAUGCUGGUGCAGAGGACCCCAGAAAAGCGGAGCCAUAAUGGGUACACUAACUUGCCAGAUGUGGUGCAGCCCUCCCACUCCCCCACUGAUUCAGCCACUCACUCCUCCCCUGGGAAGGACUCUGUUUAUGAUUAUCAGUCCAGAGGUUUGGUUAAAGCAUCUGGCAAGUCCUCCUUCACCACCUUUGUGGAUCUGGGCAUGUACCAGUCACCAGGAGGUACAGGGGAUAACAUGUCUAUCACUGGCUCCAGGUUUGAGCAGCUGAAGAUGGAGGUGAGGAAAGGAUCCAUGGUGAAUGUCAAUCCCACCAACACACGCCCCCCCAAUGACACACCUGAGAUCCGCAAGUACAAGAAGAGGUUCAACUCUGAGAUCCUGUGUGCUGCACUGUGGGGUGUGAACCUGUUGGUGGGCACAGAGAACGGUUUGAAACUGCUAGACCGGAGUGGUCAGGGCAAGGUUUACCCCCUCAUCAACUCCCGCAGGUUCCAACAGAUGGACGUCCUAGAGGGCCUCAACCUGCUCAUCACCAUAUCAGGCAAGAAAAACAAGGUACGUGUCUACUACCUGGCCUGGCUGAGGAACAAGAUCCUCCACAAUGACCCCGAGGUGGAGAAGAAGCAAGGCUGGACCACUGUGGGGGAGAUGGAGGGCUGCGUGCACUACAAAGUGGUGAAAUAUGAGAGGAUAAAGUUCCUGGUAAUUGCUUUGAAGAAUGCGGUGGAAGUGUAUGCUUGGGCACCGAAACCUUAUCACAAAUUCAUGGCCUUCAAGUCUUUUGCAGACCUGCCACACAGGCCUGUCCUGGUCGACCUGACAGUGGAGGAGGGUCAGAGGUUGAAGGUCAUCUACGGUUCUUGUGCUGGCUUCCAUGCCAUUGACGUGGAUUCCGGAAACAACUAUGACAUUUAUAUCCCCGUUCAUAUCCAGAGCCAUGUGACACCGCAUGCAAUUGUGUUCCUGCCCAGCUCAGACGGCAUGGAGAUGCUGCUGUGCUAUGAGGACGAGGGUGUCUAUGUCAACACCUAUGGGCGCAUAAUCAAGGACGUGGUUCUGCAGUGGGGCGAGAUGCCCACAUCUGUUGCUCAUAUCUGCUCAAAUCAGAUCAUGGGAUGGGGAGAAAAGGCCAUUGAGAUCCGUUCUGUGGAGACUGGCCACCUGGAUGGUGUCUUCAUGCACAAAAGAGCUCAGAGGCUGAAGUUCCUUUGUGAGAGAAAUGACAAGGUGUUCUUUGCAUCAGUGCGGUCUGGAGGCAGCAGCCAGGUGUACUUCAUGACCUUGAACAGAAACUGCAUCAUGAACUGGUGAAGGAACAGCUGCUCUGGUCAGUGUGUGGAACUCAGCAGGGUUUGGAGAAGGAAGUGCAUCUGAAAUUCUCACAAACGCAUGCGCACAAAUGUGAACACCUCUCUGUCUUUCUCUCCAACUCGCUCGCACUCUCACGCACUCAUGCUCCAAAGACACAACUCUCAUAGACAAACACACACAUACACAUACACAAACAAUCUCUAAAUUCAUUCCAGCCUACACUCUUUCAGAUACAGUUUCUACCGAGACCCCCUGAUAACAUUCUCCGUGGAAUCAUCAUGUAAAAUCACUGAUGAGCUUCAAAUGUUAAUACCAUCUAUUAAUUUGUACUGUAUAUAUUCUUGUCUUGAUUUACUUUACUUGGUGGACCUGUGUUCAGUUGUGACUAUUUAGUUCCUACUCGUGAAGUAUGUUAAAAGCAUUCCUUGAUGGUUCUACACUACAUUUUGAAGAAGGCAUUAUUUACCUAUACUGUAUGUCGAAAUGAAGCUGUAAAUAGGUAGCACCUUACCUUAAACUUAGAUCUGAAUCAUUUGCAGGCCUCUUAUAUAGCUUCUAUUCAGUGUGUUGCCACCGGACACAUGGACGUCGUAUAAUAAAAUGCUGGAAUGUCCCAUCUGCAGUGGUUUGUGGACCCCCAUUGUUUUAGGGCUCCCACAAUUCAGGGAGACUUAAAGGAAGGAUUUAGUACAAAAAAAUAUUACAAAGGGACAUUAAAGUCAGAACAAAGUAGCUUAAUAUUUUUAGUUGUCUAUUGUAGACAGUAAUCUGAACUGCUUUCACUAACUUUUUCUGGCCUGAAUGGCAAAUGAUGUUGCAAGUCUUAAUCACAGCAAGUAAACCUUGAAUGCUUCAAAAUUAAUUUCAGUUUAAAAACGAAUAAAUAAUAAAAACCAAUCAGAAGUCUCAUAAAUGUGCAGUACCCAGAAUCAGUGCUGUGAAAUCUCCUGCUUAGCCUUUUUUCCUAUGGUUUAGGUGAAACCAUAAGGCUUGUAUCUAAACUUUUUGUUUUCAUAGAUUUACAAAAUACAAAAAUUUGUUAUUUAUAUGUAGUGAUUCUGUAUUGGUAUUAGCCUACUGGUAUCCUUAAUUUUACUGUAAUUAUAUUGCUAUUAUAUUGCAAUAUAUGCUAUUCUUGUGGAGUCUUUGUUUGAAGCGGGGAGUUAAUGUAUUUGGCGGGUAGUGUUAGGCAGUAUGAUGACAACAUAUGAGGACGUUGGAGAAACGUGGAAGGAGGGUGUCACUGAGAUUAUAGUGAUAAAGGGAGGUCAUACCACAGUGAUUUACUCUGCUGUAUUAUAUUUCAGUUCUUAGACUAUUUUGCUAGUGUGGAUCUUUUUGAGAGAAGUGUUUGUUCAGGGGAUUGCAGUAGAACAGCUCUUAGUGUGGUACAGUUCAUAUUUAUCUUAGGCCAGUGGAAAGAUUUAAUGUAGGGUGACUGCAAUACCACAGAGGACUCCAUCUCAUCAGGCACUUUGGAGAACACGGCUGGAACACAUGAGACUUAAUAUAUUUUAUAUCUAUACAUUCUGCCAAAGUUCACAGCAUAUUCUGCAACCGGGGGAGUAUGACUCAAGGCCAAAGGGGAAUGGAGCUUAAAUGGCGGCUAUAGAGAUUUGAUCCUACAAAUCACAGACCAAUGUUCCUUUCAGUGUAUAUACAUCCAAAAAGUCAGCUGACUUCUCACUAAUAUUAGGGUAUUAGGCUUUAUUGGCUGCUUUUUUUAGGGGAAUUAACUGUCUGCUUUGUUUUGGCAGCUGGAUAAGGGAUAUAUUGUGUGCUCUCAUAUACCAGGCAGUACGGUAGAAGUAUGAGGCAGCAUAAUCAGGAACUAGCUUGGUGAUUUCUGUCAGCAGCGGGUAGAUCAACACAUGAAUCAAGCUUUUUGUUCAGUGAUUCACUUAGUUAAAACAACACUUUGCUGCCACAGCACUUUGGUAUGGUGUACAUUUUAAAAGCAAGAUGUUUUUUCUUCACUCCUAUCAUGCACCUUAUCAGCAUGGAGUUGUUGGGAAAAUAUAUAAUAUAAUAUGUUAAAAGAAAUCAACUGUACGGGGCACCCUGGUAGCUCACCUGGUAGCUCACCUGGUAGCUCACCUGGUAGCUCACCUGGUAGCUCACCUGGUAGCUCACCUGGUAGCUCACCUGGUAGCUCACCUGGUAGCUCACCUGGUAGCGCGUGCGCCACGUAUCAAGGCUGAGUCUUUACCGCAGCGGCCUGGGUUCAAGUCCGGCCCAGGCCCUUUGCUGCAUGUCAUCCCCUCUCUCCCUCCCCUGCCUUUCCUGUCUCUCUCUACUAUCACUGUCAAAUAAAGCAGAAAUGCCAAAAUAAAAAAAGUCAUCUUUUUAAAAAAAAAAAAGAAUGGAACUUUGGAGCUUUUGGAUAUUAUGAAAGGAAUCUUGGCUUUGUGAUCAAUAGGAUAGUCUGCUGAAAGUCGCACGUUAAACUAAGGGGAAAUAUUUUAUAUAGUCAAAAAGAAAGCUAUUAAGAAUGCAGUAUAUGGACAGAGCAGAGAGGGUUCAAUCAAAGAUUAUAUAAAUAGACGGUUAAUUUUUUGGUGAGAUUAUUAAAACAAACUGUAAAUGGGCAUGGAAAGCACUUUCACUUCAGUAAACAUACAUUCAGAUAUCUUGAGCAGAUACUUUGGUGUGCAUGUAAGCCAUUGAAAUAGAGUAUAUAGUAUUGUAUCAAAGUUGUUUUCCCCUUUAGCGAAUGUGUUUUUAUUCUUAAAUAUCUGUUAUAUGCCAUGACUUACAUUUCAGAUGUUAGAAUUACAAUCCACCAGGAGCUCUGGCACUCAUGCUUUUUAUGGUCAAAUCAUAAUUUUUUAUCAAUCUGCCAUGUUUACAGUUUAAGCAGUGCCUUGGAAUUGGGAAGGCGAGAGGUUUAAGGAUGGAUUAUGAGCCGCCCCCCAGGCACAACUAUAUUUGCUCCCUCGUUAUGAUUUAUGUCCUGUGCCAGUUAAGUGCACUUAAGUCAAAUCCAGAAUAUCCUGUAGAUGGACUUGAAAUGCUUUUUUGGCACCACAUAUAUAACCUAAAAUGAUCAACAUGGCGAUAAUCCAUUCAGAAAGUUGCAAUAACAAAUAAGUUAUUACAUUUCCAAUGAAUCCAGUGUAACAUAUAAAGGAUCUACUCACAGUGGGAGCCAGCAUAGAGAAAAGCCAUACGUAUGAAAUAUGUUUGUAACUUAGUACUUGUGCACAGAUCAAAUUCAAAUCUGUGUGUGAUGUCUGCUCAGAAAAUGUAGGCUAUUGCAACAAAGAUGAGGUAAGCACUUGUUCUUUAAUGAUGUUGAUUGUGUAAUCUUGUGGUGGGGAAAUUAGCUUGAUAUAUUCUGAGAAGCCUAUUUUAUAAAAUAUGUAAAUUAGUCUAUAUUGAGAAAUAAAAGUGAAUGUACAUCUAUAAGACAGAUUUGUAUUUAUAUAAAAAUGUGUACCGCUCUAUUAAUCAAAGCACAAUGUAUUUUAAGGCAGAGAGAUCAAAGCUAUAAUUGUGCAUAACAGAAAGUUUUUGGGGGUUUUUUUCCACUCAGCAGUUGUCAAACUCGUCAGUAUGUAAACAGUCAAAGUAGUUAGUGAUAGUAAAUUGAGUAGUCCGCUGAGACAGCUGUGUGUAUGUAGACAGUGCCAAUUACUGCAACAUUUCUGUUGAGUUAUCUAGACAGAAAAAUAAUGUCCGUCUUCUUGUUACCAGAAGAGUCAGCUGUGGCUGUGAUUCAGACACUUGUGGUGACUCACAGAUUGGUGUUUGAUCUGGCCUCUGGUGAACAUUGCCUACGUGGGGUUGACAGGCUGUUAAUAUGCUCAGGUGAUGACAGGGAUCAUCACACAGGUGGUGAUGUGAAGGGCGUGAGGUUAUUGGCUCUUGGCUUUGGGAUUGUAUCACAAAAAGGCAGCAUUUAGCAAGUGAAAAGUGUACAUUGUAAAAAUACAGACAAAGACAACUGGUCAAGUUUUAUGUGUUUUUGUCACCAGGUAUGAAAGACCUUAAACGGGAACUCCACCAAUUUAGCAUUGCACUUCUAUAACAUGAACAGCUUUAAAAAGAAAAAAGUAUCCAAAUCGAUGCAUAUCAUCUUUUUUUAUUCCAUGCAGUCUUGUUUCUUGUGAAAACCUGGUGCCUACAUCACCCACAAUGCAACUCGACUGCCAGCAGUUUGGUCAGGAAGUCGGCUGUGUUAUGCUAGUAGUUGUUAAUGUAGACUUGAGACGCUAGAAAGAAUGAGCUUAGCAGUUGUAAGCUCCAACACUCUGACUCAAGUGACAUCACAUGUUUAUAAGACCCAACACCUGUAAACAGACUUUGAUGUGUAAAAUUGGUGGAGUUCCCCUUUAACACACAAACUUAAGUUGCAUAAUAAAAAACAAGAUAAAAUGUCUAACUAAAGUACACAAGAGAUAGCUAUUCAUUAAAAAAACACAAGGCAUUAUACCAUAGUUGUUUAAUAAUGCCAGUUAUUGCCUGAUUUGUGUUGACAGUUGUUUUUCUGGAUAGCAUUGCAAGUAAAUGAUUUGACUUACUAUUUUAAGAAGACCCUUAUUUUAACAAUUAAAAAAUUAUUUCAAAACGAGCGCCAAACUCUUGUGGCUCAACAUCAUACCUAAUGCCUUGUGAUAAAUAUCUACUUUUUUGGGUGAGGUAAUAUAGUAUGUCAUCAACUUGACUGAGGCAGUCAUUUCCAAAUAUUAAGCUUGUUGUCUAAUUUUAUGCAGCAGACAUUCUUAUGAUGGGUUGCAGUUUGUAACACAGAAGAGUAGUUCUGGUUGUUGAUUUCCCUAAAAGCACCUUUUAAGGUGUGAAAGUGCUAUUUCAUUUUGUGCCAAGAGCCAUUAAAAGACUUGAACGUCGCAACUCAUUAGUUUUAGGGAAACUUGGCGUCAGUCUGACCACAAACAUGAACACAUUUGAUUGCUGAAUUCAUUUAACUCAGUUCCAAACAGCCAAGACGCACAAAGUUUGUCAUUAGAAAGAAAGAGGCACCACUGAGUUGUAGGUGGAGCGCUGAAGGUGUAGAACAUCGUCCUGAGGUAGUUGUCCUGCCGGAUGAUGACAUUUCUUUUUAAUAAGCAAUACAAGCAUUUGAACUAAUCAAAACCGUGGCUGUCCAUCUUAGUGUGACUUGCAGGAAGUGAUUCUUCAGUGGCCUUUGGCAGACUGAUUGUAGGCUGGUUUGUGUGUCGCUUGUUACAGAAAUCAUUCUGUACUUAACUUUUGUUUGUAAUCACAAAAAAUAACUGCUUCUCUGUCAGUUUAACACAAUCACCGUUGGGAUGCUUGUGCUUGUUUUGCUAUAAUGAAAUCCCAGAAACUGCCUUUAUGAACUCUAAGUAUCGAUAAAUGGAUGAUAGAUAAUAUUCUGAUGAGACACUCCUCUCUUAUAAUCAAUAACGUAUGAAUGGAUUAGCAGCUGUAGCUGGGAAGGAGGCAGAUCAAAGCUCUAAAACGACAUGGAUCUUUGGACAGAACUACAAUAUCUAUUAUUCUUUUUCAAUAACUUUUUUUUUAAAGACGAUAAACAUCUUUGCAAUGUUUUAGUGUGUGUGCGCGUGCCUGUGUUACUUGUGAGAGGUUAACUCCAGAUUGUAUUUCAUAGACUGAUAAACUUUAAACUUUCAAAAGAUUGUGUUGAAUGAAUUCAUGUCUUAAUACAGAAUUGUUUGAAAAAUAAAAUACCUUGAUCUCA